AUGAUAUUUCAUUGUAUUGUGUUUUAUAUAUUUAAAAACUGUGCAAAGCAUUUCCUUGACGAUUUCACAGCAGACAUUUCUUGUCUCCAGUGGUGGCUUGCCACGAUUCUUUGGCCAUGUAUCCUGGAGCUUUGCUUCAACUGCCACUUGAAGCCAUGCAUCUUCCAUUGCGAGACAGGAGCCUCAUGUGGGCUUGCAUCCGGACACAUGGCAUGGCACAACCUCUGCUUGGUGCCAACGCAGCACAUGGAGGAGGACAGAGCAUUGUCUCAAAGUGCUGCGAAUGACAUCAACCUCCAGCUGAAGGCCUUCUCCAGGGGCCACGUCAGAUUGAAUGUGAUUCACUACGGGAGAGUCCUUCACUCCUUGGAGAAGAAAAGUCUUUGGCAUUCCUCUUUGCAGCUCCUCUCUCACAUGGCGCAACAAGACGUUCUUUGCAACAUUGUAAUCUUGGCGAGUGCCAUGGCCUCUUCUGCAGGAUUUUGGCAGAGAGCUCUUCAACUGGUUGUCCUCGCAGAGGAGAGCUUUACCAAGCACGACGCCGGAUCUAAAGAUCACUUCAUCCGGGGUUGGAGGGAUCAUCCUGCAGCUGUCACCAGCACAUUGACAACCUUAGCCAAGGCCAACAGCCCUGGCGUUUGCGUGAAGCUGUUGGAGGCAGUGGCGACGAUGCGGCUGCAACGAAAUGACUUCCACUUCGGAGCUGCCAUUCACAGCUGCGAGACCCAAGGCUUGUGGCACAAAGCUUUGGCGCUGCUUGAAACGAUGGGAUCCCUUGAAAUCCGCGGCAACGUCAUCACAUAUACAUCAAGCCUGAGUUCUGCCAGCACCGCGGGUGCUUGGAGUGCGGCAUUGCAGCUUUUGCAGCGUAUGGGGCAGGCCGGACCGCAACCCAAUCUGCUGUCAUGGAGUGCUACUAUCAGCUCCUGCGAAGAUACCGAAAAAGCUGGUGAGUGGAACGUGGCACAUCACUUGCUCCAACAGAUGAAAAUCACGGGCUUCAGGCCCAAUGCGGUGACUUUCAGCGGCUGCAUCAGCGCUUGCACUGCGUGGGGAAGAGCGCUGCAACUGCUGAAGCGCAUGCGCAAGGGGCUGCUUCGCGUGGAUGACAUUUGCCUCAAUGCGCAGCUGGAUGCCAUUGCACCAAGUCCAUUGAGACGUCAGGCAGUUCGGCAUGGAGGUGGCACAGAGGUGAAGCGGCCGUUCGCUUGGCCGCUGGCCUUCCGAACACUGCACUGGAUGAUGCAAACAGCGAUUCGGGCGGAUGUGAUCAGUUUCAGCUGCGCAGUAGCCUCCUGUGAGCUGAAAGAUCAGGUGCCACUAUGGUGGAAAGCCUUGGGCUUGCUGGAGACCAUGGCUCUGACUCAAGUGAAGAUGAACAUUCUGACCCUACGAGGUGCCCUCAAUGCAUGCGAAAUGGCUGGCGACCGUUCGCAGUGGCGAGUGUCCAUUGCAUUACUUAAGGGUGUAGGGAAAGACGUCAUCAGUCACAACGGCGUCCUGUACUGCUGCCUUCAAGCCGGGCAGCUGCAAAAGGCUUUGGUGCUGUUGCAAACCAUGAUGGAAGAGCGCAUUGUGCCCGACAUGCUCUCCUAUGAGCUCUUGGUGCAUGCCUGUGAGAUAGCUGGCAAGUGGAAACUGGUGCCAUCGCUACUGUCAUCUCGAAUUGUGAGAGAAAGCGCUCGCUGUUCGACUCAGAGAAAUUGGAGCGCGUUGCAGAUGACCGUAACUCAGCACAUCUCGGCACGCGGACACAGGUGA